CGCGCUCUCUCUCUCUCUCACCCUCACACUGAUGUAAAAACCAACAUCACGCUUCAACAACAGGACGGAGCAGAGGCUCACGGACGGACGGACAGAUAAUCUCCACACGUUUUGUUGUAGAGAACUGCUUGUAUCUGGUCGCUCAAUGAUGACGUCAUCCUUGGGAAGGAAGAGGGAACAUGGGUGGCAUCUAAAAUGGAGCAGGUAGGCUCGGACUGGAUCGGUAAUGCUGGUUAUCUUUUCAACUGUUCAGUGCUGUUGGUGUCGUGUCUCAGAUAUGGAGUCCUGCAGGGUGCCUCACCAGGUCCUGCUUUUCUUAAUCAUCACAUUUAUCACAGGACCUGUAUCAGCUGUUCCUACUGUACAUGUGGAGUUUAAUCAGUCUGCUGCUCUGCCCUGUGAGUGGAACUGUACUGGUUUGGCCAAAUGGACUCUGUUCAGUGACCGAUAUGAUGUAGUGGUUGAGUGUGAUCAGACAUCCUGCAGGUCAUUGAAAAAGGGAUAUAAAAUGUCCCAUGAUCAGUACCUGAAGGGAGAUCUCACCCUCACCAUCCCUGCGGCUGAUCAGACUAUGACGGGUUUAUACACGUGUCAGUGUGAUGAGAGAGAGAUUAAUGAUGUGGAUCUCAAGGUUAACACCGUGACAUCAUCCGUUGAGAUAAACUCUGGUGAAGAUCUGCAGCUGGAUUUACAUGCAUCAGACCAAGUGAGGGUGUUCUAUAAGUCUAAAGAUUCAUCAGGUCCACGAGCUGUAGAGAUCUGUACUGUGUUUAGAGGCUCACUACUUUGUAAAGCUGAAUACAAACCGAGAACAUCACUCACUAACACACUUCUGACACUGAGAGGAGUAAAGUCGAUUGAUGGAGGGAAUUACACCGUCUGGGACAUGGAGAACAAGGAAUAUCUUCAUAUUUACACAGUAUCAGUGAGAGAUCCGCACAGACCACAGGAGGGUUCUGUACCAGUGUGGGUGAUUGUCCUGGUGGUGCUGCUGGUUAUUGUUGCACUGACUGUGCUAAUAUUUUACAAGAGGAAACGACUCCAGUCCUUAAUAAAUAAUUAUUGUUGCAGCGGUGGAGCAUCGGAACAUCAGAACUCAAAUGACUCCACAGCAGGGACUGACUUACGAGAGGCCCACAUCAUGUUGGGUCAGAUUGAGGACCAACCGAAAGCAUAAGCAUAUUUCUACCGCUUGGGA